UUCACGAGGCUCAGGCAGGCCGACGGAGGGCACCACAGCGCCUGCGCGCGUACGGCGGCCGGAAGGGGCUAGAGGCGGUGCCUUGGGUGACAGCCGUGCGCCCCUCCUUUCCCCACGUGGCCGCGAAGACCGGCUUCGGAGCACCUGUCGGCUGCACACCAACAUCAGUGCAGGGAAGAUGGCGUCUAAGUGCAUCACCCAGGAGACCUUUGACGCAGCUGUGCGUGAGAACAUAGAGGAGUUUGCGAUGGGGCCAGAGGAGGCGGUGAAAGAGGCCGUGGAGCAGUUUGAAUCGCAAGGGGUUGAUCUGAGCAACAUCGUAAAGACGGUGCCUAAAGUCUCUGCAGACGGACCCCAGGAGCCCACACAUGACGUCCUGCAGACGCUCAGUGACCUACAGGAGUCUGUGGCCAGCUCUCGCCCCCAGGAAGUGUCAGCACAUCUCACCCGCUUCUGUGACCAGUUGAAGCAGGACAAGGCCUGCUGCUUCCUCGCAGCCCAGAAAGGGGCCUACCCCAUCAUCUUUGCUGCCUGGAAGCUGGCCACUACAAGUGACCAGGGCCUUCUGCUCCAGUCCCUCAAUGCCCUGUCAGUGCUGACCGAUGGCCAGCCAGACCUCCUGGACACCCAGGGCCUGCAGCUGCUGGUGGCCACGCUGGCUCAGAAUGUUGACGAGGCCGACCUGACCUGCUCUGGGAUCCGCUGUGUUCGUCAUGCUUGCCUGAAACACGAACAGAAUCGGCAAGACCUGGUGAAAGCCGGUGUGCUGCCCCUGCUGACUGGCGCCAUUGUCCAUCAUGGCCACCACGCCAAUGUGGUCAGAGAGGCCUGCUGGGCCCUGCGUGUCAUGACCUUCAAUGACGACAUGCGUAUGUCCAUUAGCCACGCCCACGACCAUGCCAAGAUGAUUGUGCAGGAGAACAGAGGCUUGAAGGUGUUGAUCGAAGCCACCAAAGCAUUCCUGGAUAACCCUGGCAUCCUGAGCGAGCUCUGUGGAACCCUGUCCCGCCUGGCUGUCCGCAACGAGUUCUGCCGGGAGGUUGUCGACCUCGGGGGCCUGAGCAUCCUGGUGUCCCUGCUGGCUGACUACAGUGACCACCAGGAGCUCGUGAAGCAGUUGCUGAGCGCCCUACGAGCCAUCGCUGGCAACGACGAUGUAAAGGACGCCAUCGUCCAUGCUGGCGGGAUGGAGUCCAUCAUGGCUGCCAUGACCCGGCACCUGGCCAGCCCCCAGGUGUGUGAGCAGAGCUGUGGGGCUCUGAGUGUCCUGGCCCUGCGUAAGCCCAACAACAGCCGCAUUAUCGUGGAGGGUGGCGGGGUUGUGGCAGCGCUGCAGGCCAUGAAGGCGCACCCGCAGGAGGCCGGCGUGCAGAAACAGGCUUGUAUGCUGAUCCGAAACCUGGUGUCCCGCAGCCGGGCCUUCUCGAAGCCCAUCCUGGACCUGGGGGCUGAGGCACUCAUUACAAAGGCCCAGUCGAACCACAGCAGCUGUGAGGAUGUGGCCAAGGCUGCCCUGCGGGACCUGGGUUGCCAUGUUGAGUUCCAAGAACUGUGGACUGGCCAGAGGGGCCACCUGGCGCCAUGACCCCAGGCUCAGUCUGGGCUGUGACUCAGGAAUAGGGGUAGAUCCAUGUCCUCCACUGUCCCCCAUUAGUUCUGUCCCCUUCACAGUGAGAAGUGUUUUCCGACAGGCCCAGUAAAGAGUCAGCAGAGUGGGGAGCCUUGUGGGGGCAUUCUACACAGAAGAAAGCAGCCCCCACAUCCCAGCCACUCCUGGGUCCCGGCCUUGUCCCUCAGCUAGCCGCACAGACAUCACUGUCCUGCUCCUUCCCCCAGCCCCAUGCCCUACCAGAAUGGGCAAAGGGCACGUCCCAUCACUCACUGCCCUGUCUGAAAUGUGGCAGCCGCUAUGGGCCAGGCUCAGGGCAGGGCAGACAAUUCCAGCAGGGUUGGGCUCCCUGGUGCACGCUGCCUACUGCAGGUUCCUGCAGGCCUCUGCUCCUUGUUUUUCUCACCUGUAAAAUGGGUCUCUGAUGCCGUGCCCUGCUUGACCUCAGCUUGUCUCUCUGGGUCCUGGGCCAGCCAGGGUACCCGAUAAUAAAAGAUCAUGGAGUGAA